AUGGCACCUCAAAGGACUUUAUUUACUGAAAAACAUUUAAAACAUUUAAAUCAAAACCUGGCGAAAUUGCCACCUCAAAAAAUCUUGGAAUGGGCCAUCGUAACUUUACCAGGAUUAUAUCAAACGACAGCCUUCGGUCUCACCGAAUUUUCUGAGGAAAACGAAACUGAGCCACAACAUUUGGUUCCGCUGAUCUUCCUCGACACACUCUAUCAUUUUCCCGAAACUCUUCAGUUAUCCAAUACCGUAGCGAAUCGUUAUAAGGUUCCAUUACAUGUUUAUAAGCCAAUUGAUUGUGAAACAGUAGAAAGUUUCGAGGCGCAGCACGGACAAAAAUUGUGGGAGAAUGACGAAGAUAGCUAUGAUUAUCUAGUAAAAGUCGAACCUUCAAGAAGAGCUUAUAAUCAAUUAAAUGUUUUAGCUGUGAUCACAGGUAGAAGAAGAAGUCAAAAAGGAGACAGAGAAAAUAUCGAUAUCUUGGAAUUGGAAAAGGGAACCGGGUUAAUAAAAUUAAAUCCUUUAGCUCAUUGGGACUUUGCAAAAGUUAAGGCAUACAUUAAAGCCAAUGAGGUACCUUACAAUCCGCUCCUCGAUCAAGGUUUUAGGUCGAUUGGUGAUUGGCAUAGCACUAAACCAUUGAAUAAUGAUACUUCGAAUGAAAGAGAUGGAAGAUGGGAAGGAAAAAAUAAAACCGAAUGUGGUUUACAUAAAGAUUAUUUCAAAAUGAGAGCCGCUUUCAAUGCCGCUAAAAAGAAAAGAAUGGCCGCUGCAUCUGCAUCACAAACACCAAUUCGAACCACCUCAUAA